GGCACCACCCGCUCCCGUCCGCGGGAAGGGGGCGUAUGCAAACAACCCGAAGUCCCAAGCUCCUGAUUGGUCGGUCCGAGGCCUCCUCCCCGCCCUGCUCCCGCGGCCGGCGCGGCGGGCAUGCGGGCGCGGCCCGCGCGCGCGUGAGAGGAUGGGGACGCAGGGCAGCCCGGUCAAGAGCUACGACUACCUGCUCAAGUUCCUGCUGGUGGGCGACAGCGACGUGGGCAAGGGCGAGAUCCUGGAGAGCCUGCAGGACGGCGCGGCCGAGUCCCCGUACGCCUACAGCAACGGAAUAGACUAUAAGACGACCACCAUCCUGCUGGACGGACGGCGGGUGAAGCUGGAGCUCUGGGACACUUCCGGCCAAGGCAGGUUCUGCACCAUCUUCAGGUCCUACUCGAGGGGCGCACAGGGUAUCCUCCUGGUGUAUGACAUCACCAACCGCUGGUCCUUUGAUGGCAUAGACCGGUGGAUCAAGGAGAUCGAUGAGCAUGCGCCUGGGGUUCCCCGGAUCCUGGUUGGGAACCGGCUGCACCUGGCCUUCAAGCGGCAAGUCCCAACAGAGCAGGCGCGUGCCUACGCGGAGAAGAAUGGCAUGACUUUCUUUGAGGUCAGCCCACUGUGCAAUUUCAAUGUCAUCGAGUCCUUCACCGAGCUGUCCCGCAUUGUGCUGAUGAGGCACGGUAUGGAGAAGAUCUGGAGGCCCAACCGAGUGUUCAGCCUGCAGGACCUCUGCUGUCGAGCCAUUGUGUCCUGCACCCCCGUGCACCUCAUCGACAAGCUCCCGCUGCCGGUCACCAUCAAGAGCCACCUCAAGUCCUUCUCCAUGGCCAACGGCAUGAAUGCCGUCAUGAUGCAUGGCCGCUCCUACUCGCUGGCCAGCGGGGCGGGGGGCAGCAGCAAGGGCAACAGCCUCAAGAGGUCCAAGUCCAUCCGCCCGCCCCAGAGCCCGCCCCAGAACUGCUCCAGGAGCAACUGCAAGAUCUCGUAGCGGGCAGGCUGGGCGCCCGCCGUCCGGUGCGCUCUGCGAGGGCUCACGCUUGGGGAACGCGUCUGGCCGGGCGCCAGGCCGGGCGCCGUGUCAGGGAGGGCUGUGGCCAUGCUGCCUCCCGGGGAGCAUGGGGGUGCACAGCACAGCCGGUGGUCGCAGCUGGACAGGUUCCACGGGGCCCCAUGGUGCGGUACGUCUGAGAGGCAUCCCGGGGGCGGCCCUGCCCGGCCCUAGCCUCCAGGGGGCUGCCUGAGGACCCGGGAGCCCGGCGCCCUUCCUUAUUUAUACGGAAGAUGUUCGCCUUUUGUACAUUUGUAACGCGCAGGCAGGGCGGCCCCCACGCGACUGCAUGGGGAGCCCUGUUGGCGGCGGGGUCGGGGCAGGCUUCGGGACACAGAGAGGGAGGGGGUUUGAGGCAGAGGUAGAGAGGAGUCCUAGUCAGGGCUCCAACCUUGGAAUUCACAGACACUUCACGUGGGGGGUGUGGGCGGGGCAGGGGCGCGGAGUGGGGGCACAUGGAAGCUGGGGUCCUGUGCUCAGGCCCAUGGCUGCCUUUGCCAGCCUUUGAGAGCAUGGGGGCCGGGGCGCGGCCCAGCAUGGCUGGUGGCAGCUCAGGCCCCAGCGGUUGGCUGGGUGUGGCAGCAGCUUCCUGGGCUCCCACCGGCCCCCCUAGACACCGUCCUGUGUGUCGUGGACGGACUCAGGGCGGGGUGAGGGCUUGGUUUCUCAGUGGGGCUAUUGGUGUUUCUCAGAGGGUGUGGGUGGGGCUCUGCACCCCCCCUUCCCGUGACACUCCUGUCCCUUGGAGGAGAAGACGCAGAAGACAGUGGGGCUGCAGGGUGCUGUGCUCAUGUACGCCAGCCCUCCUGCUCGUCCCCCGGGCACCCGGACUCUGCUCCCACCAGCUGCCCUCGGCCAGCCUUGGGUGUGAGCCCACAGCUGCUUCUUGCCUGGCGUCGCCCGUCACUAAAACCUGUCUGACACAUCUCUUCGUGAUGCUGCCGGGACUGAUCCCGCAGUGGACCCCGAGCUGCUCCUGGAGACCCCAUCAGCCUGCCCUGAGCAGGAGGCCUGGCUCCCUCCUGCCGCCCGCUUGGCGACAUAGCCACCGGUCACACUGGUGCUCAGCUCUACCUCGUCCUCACGGCCCAGCCCUGGGCUCUGGGACUCUUCUGUGCUGCGUGUCCAGGAGGCAGGAUGUGGGCCGCGGCCUGUGCGCUGGGGGUCCCCAAUGAGGCCUGGCUUUAGCAGGGUCAGGCAGGGGAGGCCACACCUAUUCUGUCUCGCCUGUGUGAGGGGCACCCCUUUCUUUGGACUUUGAACCCAGUCACACAGACUUUGUUUUGAGGACGUGGACAGUCCUUUGUUCACUUUAUCAACACUACCCUUUGCUGCUGUCUGACACACCAUUCUUGGGCUCGUUUUGGACGGUUUUCCUUUCUUUGUACAGUAAACGUAAUUCAGCUCGG